AUGCCAUCCGCAAACGGCACCAACGGCACCACAACAUACUCCUUUCCGCCAGGAAUCCAUGUCCCCUCCUUGACUUGGUUCAAGAACGACACGAAUCAAGAGAUUGAUUGGGAUGUCCAAGAGAAGCAUUUUGAGUUCUUAAUCUCAAAUGGCCUCCACGGAAUCGUCAUCGCAGGAACAAAUGGCGAAGCAGCAACAUUAUCAUCCGCCGAGAAGACACAACUUGUCCAAAAAGCCCGCAAGACAGCACAGCGCCUUGGUCGUGGAGAACUCCCCAUCACAAUUGGAGGUGUAGCAGGCUGCACCCGCGACGCGAUACAGCAAACCAUCGAAGCGAAGGAUGCAGGUGCAUCGUACUAUCUAGCACUGGUGCCAUCCUACUUUCACUUCUCCAUGAACCAAGAUGCAAUCGUAGCCUAUUUCCAGGAAUUGGCCGACGCAUCGCCCAUACCCAUCGUCCUGUACAACUUCCCCAAUGUAGUAGCUGGUCUGGACAUCAACUCCGAGAUGCUGGACAUCCUCGGCAAGCAUGAGAACAUUGUAGCAGUCAAACUCACGUGCGGAGGUAUUGCAAAGGUGGCAAGAAUCAGUGCGGCAUUUGAGAAGUCAGAGUUUGUUGCUCUUGCGGGUCAAAGCGACUGGCUCAUACCGGCUCUGAGCGUUGGUGGAGUUGGCACUAUUACUGGUGUUGCAAACUUGUACCCUAAGGCCUGUCUACACAUGUUCGACCUUUACCGAUCAGGCAAGCACGAUGAAGCGUCAGCCCUCCAGAUCAAACUCUCAGUCACCGAGUGGGGUUUCGGAAAGGGCGGUAUCAACGGCACAAAGUACGUCGUUGCGCACAAGAGAGGAUACCCAGAGAACAGCGCGGACUGCCGAAGGCCCUACCCGCGAUACACAGAUGAGGAGAAGAGGAAAUGGGUUGUGAACCAGGUAUCAGGUCUCGAUGAGCUGGAAGCAUCGUUGUAA